GCGCCCGGUGCCCAGUGCCCGUGCGCGCCGAGGCUCCUCGCCUGCGGGCCGGCGCUCCGAGGUUCCGCGGCCUGAAGCCCUCUGCCGCCUGCCCCGCGCCUUAAGUAGGUGCGCUCCGAAACUCUCGCGCCGGUGCCGGUGCCUGUGCGUGCAGACGCUCCCGCAGCCUGGCCCGCGCGCACUAGCUACAUUUGCGGGGACCCCUUCCCUCUACCGGACCCCCGUCACCGGACAGCGCGCCGGAAUAGUCCGUGCCACCGCCACCUUCCCCGCGCUCUGCUCUCCACAGGAGCCGCAUAAUCGCUCUCGUCGGGAAGGAGAUGAUCUCUGGGGUGCUGCCUCCGUCCCCGCUCAGCUGCUUCUAGCUGGAGUAGACGCUCUCAGAGCCACACUCGGGCUCCGACCCAAACACCCAUUUGCCUCAGUCUUUGCCCAAACUCGACCCAGCCGUUCUUUUUGUGCUGUCCUCAUGGCCCAGCCUCUGCUUCUAGUUCUCUGCAUCACUCUGGUCGUGGCUCCGGACUGGGGGUCCAGCAUUCACCCCACAGGAACCAGCGCGCCUCCAGAUGUGCAGACGGCGGCGCCCACUGAGGACGACUUUCUGCAAAAUGAGGCGGACAACCAAGAGAAUGUUCUGUCGCAGUUGCUGGGAGACUAUGACAAAGUCAAGGCUGUGUCUGAGGGCUCAGACUGUCAGUGCAAGUGUGUGGUGAGACCCUUGGGCCGAGACGCCUGCCAGAGGGUGAACGAAGGGGCUUCCAGGAAGGAAGACUUCUACACCGUGGAGACCAUCACCUCGGGCUCCUCCUGCAAGUGUGCCUGUGUGGCACCCCCGUCGGCCCUCAAUCCCUGUGAGGGAGACUUUCGGCUCCAGAAGCUCCGGGAGGCAGACAGCAAGGACUUGAAGCUUUCCACCAUCAUAGACAUGCUGGAAGGAGCCUUCUAUGGCCUGGAUCUCCUAAAGCUGCAUUCAGUCACCACCAAGCUGGUGGGGCGGGUGGACAAACUGGAGGAGGAAGUUUCCAGAAACCUCACCAAAGAAAACGAACAGAUCAAAGAGGACAUGGCAGACAUUCGCGCCGAGGUAAACAGGCAGAGCAAAGAGAAUUGCUCCAAGAGUGUCCUGGACAGCGAGCCAGACAUCCGCUCAGCCCUGCAGAGGGAUACAGCGGCAGCCUACGCACACCCUGAGUAUGAGGAGCAGUUUCUGCAAGAGGAAACCGUGUCUCAGCAGAUCAACUCCAUUGAGCUCCUGCGGACUCGGCCCCUGGUUCCGCCCACAGUGGUGAAGCCCCAGCGGCCCCUGCACAGGCAGGUCCAGCUAAGGGGCCGACCAGCCUCCAAGCCCACUGUCAUUCGAGGUAUCACCUACUACAAAGCCAAGGACCCUGAGGAAGAGAACGACAUCGAAGAGCAGCAAGAUGAGUCUUUCAGCGGUGACAAUGGAGUGGAUUUGCUGAUUGAAGAUCAGCUUCUGAGACACAAUGACCUGCUGACCGGAGUCACCACGGGACCAGUCACCACCCUUCAAGGCUCUGCUGUGACAACCGACGCAGACAUUCAGUCCACCGCAGACAUUCAACCCACCGCUCAGUCUUCAGCUGCCCACGACCCUGACCCCACUCUCUCGACCUCAGUUGGGCAAUUCUCAACAUCCCCCCAGACCACCUCAGUGCUGCCAGAGCCUGAAGGGGAAGCAGUCCUCAGACCCACGCAAGGACCAGCCACCACUGUGGCCAGCACGGCCACCCAGACCCCCACUGCUGCAGCUUCUCCGUCAAUGGCUCCUGAGUACGAAUUUGUGGACACCACAUACACAGUGCCUAUGCCUCCCACCGUGGGUGGCACAGACUCACUGGAAAGCGAUGUCACAACUGGGCAGCGCACAGCUCCCGCCAGCCCCACAUUGAGCCCCGAAGAGGAAGACGACAUCCGGAAUGUCAUAGGAAGGUGCAAGGACACCCUUUCCACCAUCACCGGGCCGACCACCCAGAAUACGUACGGGCGGAACGAGGGGGCCUGGAUGAAGGACCCACUGGCCAAGGAUGAGCGGAUUUAUGUCACCAAUUACUACUAUGGCAACACACUGGUAGAGUUCCGGAACCUGGAGAACUUCAAACAAGGUCGCUGGAGCAAUUCCUACAAGCUGCCCUACAGCUGGAUCGGCACAGGCCACGUGGUAUACAACGGCGCCUUCUACUACAACCGGGCCUUCACCCGCAACAUCAUCAAGUACGACCUCAAGCAGCGCUACGUGGCUGCCUGGGCCAUGCUGCACGACGUGGCCUACGAAGAGGCCACACCCUGGCGGUGGCAGGGCUACUCAGAUGUGGACUUCGCCGUGGACGAGAACGGCCUGUGGCUUAUCUACCCCGCCCUGGAUGACGAGGGCUUCAGCCAGGAGGUGAUCGUCUUGAGCAAGCUCAAUGCCGUGGACCUGAGCACGCAGAAGGAGACCACGUGGCGCACGGGGCUGCGGCGCCACCUCUUCGGGAACUGCUUCGUCAUCUGCGGGGUGCUGUACGCGGUGGACAGCUCCAACCAGCGCAACGCCAACAUCUCCUAUGCCUUCGACACCCACACCAACACACAGAUCGUCCCCAGGCUGCUGUUUGAAAAUGAGUACUCCUACACCACCCAGGUGGACUACAACCCCAAGGACCGCCUGCUGUACGCCUGGGACAACGGCCACCAGGUCACCUACCACGUCAUCUUUGCCUACUGACCCCCGCCCCUGCGAGCAGACGUGCAGGGGGCUGCUGGCACUGUGUGUGUGUGCGUGUGCGUGCGUGUGGGUGUGCAGAUG